AACUCAACUCCUCCACCCAUUUUCUUCGAUUGGUCAAGAUACAAAAGAAUCCCACAAACGAAUUCAACUUUCGGCUUCCAUUUUCCUCUUUCUUCUGUCCCCUUGUUCCCUCUCCUUCUUCGCCGGCCAUGUCUUCCAUUCUGAGCUCUCAAGGUCUCGUCAUUGCCACUGCCAUGGUCGUCUCCUCCACUGCUCUGUUUCUCGCCUUCUCUAAGCACCACAAGAUCACUCCAACCCCUUCCAAAUCCCUUCUACGUUCUUGCUUAUCUUCUGAUGAUAAAAAGAGGGAGAAGAACAAGAACAAGAACAAGAAGAAGGGGAAGAAGGUGAGAUUUGCAGAGGAUGUGAAGGAGCCAAGAGGAAACGGAGAGGAGUACAGGAAAGAGCACGACGAGAAGAUGGCUAUGGCGGAAAGAAGAAGAAGAACAACAUCAACAACAACGAGGAGCUGCAAAAAUCAAACUCCUGCAAAUCAACUUGCUUUGUACAAUGGAAUUCUUAAACAACGAUCGCAGAGGAUCCAAUGUUCAUUUUAAUCAAAGCCUUUGCCUUUUCUUCUUCUUCUUCUUCUUCUUCUUUCGUUUUUGUUUUUCAUUGUUUUCUGUGUGUUUCUGUUUCUGGGGAUGGAAUUAAAGUGAUGUUUAUAUUAA